AUUUAUAAAAUGAGUACUUUCACGCGUACAUCUGCAAUAUUUUUAUUGCUAUUUGUAAGUUUUUACGUUAUAUCGCUUUCCACAUAUACAUAUAUUACAUCGUUACCUCACUUAUCGAAAAAUGUCAUAUCAAGAGAAAAUAAAAUACGAGUGAAAAGAAUCGCAUCUAACGAUUAUCAGUUAAAGGAUGAACUAUUGACGACAAACCGGAAUACAAUAAGCAACAUUGAUUAUAGUAAUGGUAUAACUAAACCUAAUAUUCCAAAUACAAUACCAACAGCAAAUAUGGUUACUUUAAAUAAAUGCUGUGCAGAAAAAGAGUACUUGAACCAGAACUAUGAGUGUCAAGAUGGAGAUGAACAUAUUUCAUCAGGAGAACUUCUAAACAAGAUUUCUAAUAAUUUUGAAAAUGUAUCAAUUGAACGAAAUUACUUAAAUCAGAAUUUAGUAAAUCUGAAAUAUAAUUAUAUUUUGCACCUACGAAAUGAAGACGCAUUUGCCCUGAUUUGGUCCUCCUCAAAUAGAAAUCACCGUUAUGCCUUUAAUCAAAAAGAACUCUUUUUAAAUGAGUUCAUCGAUAUUAACAAGACGCGGUUGGUGACCUCUUUUUCUCCACAAUCCUAUUGUGUAGAUCUACUUUCAUCGGGAAGACAUCUGGUCACUUUUGUUAAUCCCUGUACAGAAAAAAUAUGCAUACAAAAAUGUUGUCCUAAAGGAUUUUAUUAUAACAUACGUGAUAAACUAUGCGUCGUUGAUCCCGCAUUUACCAAUUUUAAACCAACAUUUUACGCAGAGAAUCAUAAAAUUGAAAAGCAACCACAAUAUUAUGUAUUAAAAAAGAAUUUUAAAUGCUCUGAUAAUGAUUUCAUGCAAAAAAUGCAAAUGGAACGAUUGGAAGGUUCAUUAUAUAUACAGGAAGAUGGGUCACUUAUGACUUUUCAGGGUACAAUACAAGGAAACUCUUAUAAUAUCACUGAUUACUGUCUUGAUCAAGUUUACGAUGGAAGUUCAGAAAACACUGUCAUCGGCGGUUUUAUUUGUCAACUUACAAAAGAAAUCCCAGGGCGCAUUAACCUUAACCAAACGAUUUAUGAUACUAUGGAGCCAAGAUUACGUAAACAACAAAAACUUGAUGAUUUAGACAUAUUAAGAAGCUGCUGCAAUAUUCCAACAUUCAUUUUUAUUGAAUUAAUAGGGUGUAUAUUGGCAGCGAUUGUAUUCUUAAAUUAAAUUUUUUCUCUUC